GUUUUUGGAAAUGCUUGUUUCUAAACCCAUUAUCCAAUUUUACAAUGUGCUCCCGUAUUAUACAUUUUAACAGCAUACAGGAUCACUUUGUAGUUCUAUAAUUACAAACUGUAGUUAUUCUGUUUCUCUGCAUAAUUUAUUAUUCUCCAUUCUCAAGACCAUACAGGAUCACCGAAUAUCAGACAUUAUGUUGGUGAUGGCCCAUUCUUUGCACUGCAGUGACACUGACUUGGUUUUGUGUUAUUGUGUGUUGUGCUGGUAUGAGUGGGUCAGACAGGGCAGUGCUGCUGGAGUUUUUAAACACUGCACCCAUCCACUGUCCACUCUAUUAGACUCGAUUAGAUAUAAAAAGCAGAGAUAGAAGCCCAUAUGUUGCUUCACAGGUUGUUGCUGCUUAAGGGUGAUCCUGUGGGGUCAGAGGACAAUAAUAAAGUAUGCAGAGAAGCAGAAAGACUAAAAUCUGUUAUAGAUUAUAGAACAUCUAAGUGAUCCUAUUGACUUAAAGAAAUAGAUUCAAUAAUGGGUACAGGACAAGGUGGUGAACAUACUGUUAUGUUUAAUUAGUGUAUGUACAUGUAAUUUAUGUAUUGUGUCCCAUUACCAGGUUUGUGCUUUUAAAAAGUGUGAAAGAGGUUUGUUGACGCUUUUGUUGGGAGUUGAUUAGCUGGAUGGAUUUAGGUGGCAGAUGUCUGUGAGUGGCUCUUUGGCCUUGUCUUAUCCUUCAAUCCCCUUCAGUGGCUUCAUGCGAGUCUCAGAGUUAAUUCAGACAGCAGGAAUGCCCGUUCUGGGCAGAUGAGGCUUAAAGCACAGCUUAGAGCAGCGGACUCUGUGAAACCAGGAUUGGGGGUCAAGGCGUAGCUGCAGAAACGCUGCUCUUUGAUGCAGGAUGGAUGACUGCUGGACUCUGCUGAAGGUUCUUAUGAUGUGGGAGCUGCUGUACUUUCCAUGGCUGGGACUGUGUCAAAGGAGAGAGCAGCUGCCUGUGCUGUGGAUUAUGCCUCUGAGCAGCGAGCCAGCGUGGGGCAACGUCACAGCUGAGGUCAUGCCUGCAGUCCAGCUCGCACUACAGCACCUGAGCAAGCAGCCUGCACCUUUACGCAACUAUGAGCUUCAGUUCCACUUUGCAGACUCCAAGUGUGACAAUGCCAGAGCACUGAAAGGUUUUUUCGAGGCCAUAUUCUAUGGUCCCAAGUACCUGACAGUGUUUGGAGGACUGUGUUCAUCAGCGACGUCGACCAUCGCUCAGUCUCUACAGGCCUUUAACCUCCCUCAGCUGUCCUUUGCUGCAACAGCUCCUGCAUUUGCAAACAAAAGUAGAUACCCCAACUUCUUCCGUGUUGUGCCGUCAGACAGUGCAGUUAACCCAGCACUGCUGAAGCUUCUCAGCUAUUAUGGAUGGAGGAGAGUGGGCACACUGACCCAGCAGGAGGAGAGAUUUACUGAGGUACAGAAGGAUCUGACUGAGAUUCUGAACGAGGUCGGAGUUGAGCUGGCAGAAGCUCAGUGGUUCUUUGGUGACCCCUGUUCUGCAGUCAAGACAUUAAAAGAAAAUGACGUGAGGAUAGUUAUUGGUCAGUUUGAUGAGUUUUCAGCUGCAAAGGUCUUCUGCUGUGUCUAUCAGCUGGGCAUGUUUGGUCACAAGUACCAGUGGAUCCUCUCAGGUUGGUCACAGACAAGCUGGUGGACUCACACAGGCACCUCUAACUGCUCUGCUCAGAGUAUACUAAAUGCAAUGGAGGGCACUGUCAGUGUGGACUUCGAGACCCUCAGCUCAAGACACACCAGAGGUGUUUCAGGAAGAACCCCACAGGAGUACAAGAGAGAGUAUGAGAGAAGGUGCAUGUUGAAGGGUUUGGGUUCCAGUAAGUUCCAUGGCUUUGCAUACGAUGGCACCUGGGUGCUGGCUAAAGCUCUGACAGAGGUCAUGGAGAUGCUGAAAUACAGAGAGAAAUAUAGCAUACAUCGCAACCUUACCAUAACUGACCGAGAAGUGACACACAUGAUCCUACAGGCCCUGGGCGACACAAAGUUCUUUGGUGUGACUGGGCAUGUUUUGUUCCGAAAUGGUGAGAGAGUAGCAAAUAUCAAAUUUGCCCAGUUUCAAGCUGGCAAAGAGGUCCAGGUUGGAGAGUACAGUGCCAUCACAGACAGGCUGGUGUUUGCCAGUCCCAUUUGGUUCAAAGGACACGAGUAUACUAGGGACCAUACCCACAUAUACCCCCAGAGGAUGGAGAUCAACAUAAUUCUCUACAGCAUUUUAGCAUCCAUCUCUGCUUUAGGCAUUCUCAUGUCCAUUGCCUGCCUUUUCUUCAUCAUCCUGAACCAUGGCCACAGGUCCGUCCAGAUAUCAAGUCCUUCACUGAACACACUACUGAUCCUGGGAACUCUGUUAUCCUAUUCUUCUGUCUUCCUCUUUGGACUGGAUGGGUCAUAUGUCUCUGAGGGAGUGUUUGAUGCUCUGUGCUCUGUCAGAAUAUGGUUCAUAACCAUUGGAUACACUACAGCAUUUGGGACAAUGUUUGCCAAAAUCUGGAGAGUCUAUUCCAUGUUCAAUCACAUCAGUGCUCAGAAAAGGAUCAUAAAGGACCAUGUGUUGUUUAGAAUAGUCUGUGGUCUGCUGCUGGUCGAUGUGUGUUUCUUAAUCAUUCUGCAAGUUUUGGAUCCUUUGCGAAGGUUGGUGGAAGAAUUCAGUUUGGAGGCCGACCCUGAUUUAAGAGACUUUGCCAUUCGUCCAUUUUUGGAGCACUGUGAGAACAGUUAUAUGAACAUUUGGAUGGCCUUCAUGUAUCUUUCUAAAAGCUGGCUUGUGCUCCUCAGCUGUGUCCUGGCCUGGAAGACACAUCCCCCAAACACCCUUGUGUUGAGUGACUGCAGGUGGACCCGGAUCAGUGUGUGUCUCACAGGCCCUCUAAGCGUGAUUGGAGCUUGUGUGGGUUUACUGACCAGAGAUCAGCCGAAUGUCCAGUUCUGUGUUUUGGGCAUUGUCAUCAUCACCUGCUGUUCCGUCACUCUCAGUUUGACGUUUGUUCCAAAGGUUGAUGUCUGUCUUUUUCUGCUUAUCCUGAUGAGGACAAACCCUGAUGGAGCAUCCCUGCCUGAGCAGUUUCACACUACUGAGACGGAAAAAGAGAGGGAGUGUGUGAGCGAGGUGAAAGAACGAAUGAAGCAGAGGGAAUCCAGUGCUUCUAGCUGUUUGAAACUGAUUAUUACAUCUCCACUUGAAGUUCUACAGUCAGACAACCAACAUCUUACCAGGCACAUCAUUGAGCUGAACUGGGAGCUUGAAGAACUGGCCAGGCAGCUUCGGGAACUGAGCGCACUAUCAUACAGAUCCAUUAUAAGCAUGCAAGAGUCUGGAGAGCUCACAGGCACCGAGAAAUGUCAGACACUUCCAACUGGCUACAGUGGCAAAGAUUUAGAAGACAUUAACUCUCCUGAACAAGUUCAGCGGAGACUCUCACUGCAACUACCUAUUCUGCACCAUGCUUACCUGCUCUCAAUUGGAGGAGUCAAUGCCAGCUGCAGCACCCCCAGUAGCCCCAGCGCACAGCACAUGGCACUAAUGGGAUUAUGGCACUAACGUGUCUUAAGACUUGCAAAUCAGACUGUGACCUGAGGGACUGGAGGGUCAAGAACUGCCUACUUUUACAAGAAGGGCCCAUUUCAUCGACAUCCAAAAUUACUAUAUACCACAGAUCUUUGUUUUUGCAUGAUGUGUUUUUUUAAAUGGUGCUUUAACAAAACAGACCAAAAAUCUAGCUAUAUCAGACUUUUAAAAAGUUGGGUAUGGACCCCCAUUAGGGCUCUGCACAGACAUUAAAAUUAGAGUUUGAGACAAUUUACAGAUGACACCAAAAUGGAUUGUUGUGGCAGCGUUUUUUUGUUGGCCAGUGUGUUCUUAAAGUUAUUACUUCAGCAAAUGGUGGCUCUACUGAAUAACAAUCAGAAAGGUUGAAGUACUCUGAUUAAAAAAACUUACUUAAAUAUAAUACAUUUAUUUUUUAGACCGUUGGUGUAGAUUCUAUUAGCUUCACUUAUUGUUUGAGAAUUGUAAGAAGGAUUUGCUCCAGAUUGAUCAUGUUGUUUAAAUGGCAUAAAUGAACUGCAAUUUUUAAAUAAUACCACCGAUUCCUAGUUAAAUUGAGAUCCUAAAUUCGACUGGGUCAUUAAGUAACAUUUACCACAAAUCCCAUAACACAUAUUAAUGGUUGUUGGUGGGUUGGUAAACAUAUUGCAGUUUAAAUAUGAGAUUUAAAUGUAGGGAAUUAUGUAACUUUGUAAAACAGAAAAAUUAACUAUUUUGUAUUUAUGGUUUGUGUUACGAUUUCAUCACAUAGCAUCAUCACAAUAUUUUUGUAGAUGUGUGACUGUGGAGCAGAGAGACAUAUCAAGAAAAAAAGUCUCUUUGUCCCAAACAGCUUAACAGUGUGAAAUCAGGAAUCUGCCCUAAGGUUGCCUUUCUUUUGUGGUUUGUGCUUGACUGUUAUCUUCACUUAAAAUAAUUGUUAAUUAAAUGAAAUAGGGAUUGCUUUUCA